GCUCACAGUGACAGUGGCAUUGUUGGGGAGAACACAUCGCCUGCUCAUUGUUCGUUGACGAUAACACCAGCCAUAGCCUGAAGCAACAUCGCAAACCACCAAUCUCACAGCCAUGGACUACGUCGAGAACAGAAUGGCCCAAGAAGCCGCCAAGCAAACCGGCAAUGCCGAGUCCUUUGUCACCCCCCUCAACCUCGUCCUCCUCGGCAUGCUUCUCUACACAGCAUACAGCUGGCUGAGGCCACAUACCCCGGCCACCAUUCCCAAGGAAGAGCCCGCCGUCGUGUUCAAAACCUUCACCCCGAGGACGCUGCUGCCGUACAACGGCGAGAAAGACAUGCCCGUUUACCUGGCCGUGCGUGGUCGUGUCUUCGAUGUCACUCGCGGCCGCAACUUCUAUGGACCCGGUGGUCCCUACGCUAACUUUGCCGGUCGCGAUGCCUCCCGCGGUCUCGCCUGCGGUAGCUUUGACGAGGAGAUGCUUACCAAGGACCUUGACGGCCCGCUCGACACUCUGAGCGAUCUCGACAAGGAUCAACUGGAAGCGCUCCAGGGCUGGGAGGAAAGGUUUCUUGAGAAGUACCUUGUUGUUGGCAAGCUGGUGGCUGUUGGCGAUGAGGACAAGGCCGAAUAGACUGCUCGAGCGUGCGAGCGUGACGAGAAAUGAAAACAACCACAGGACGGAAUGGACAGCAUGGGCAAAAGUGUUCACCGCGGGGUACGGAUCGCUCCGGUAUUCCAGAGUAUCACUCUAUAACAUGUUGGACGAUAUGCCCACAGGAUACUCUCGAAGACAGAGGCGCAUGAUUCGGUACUUGAUAUAAUGGCGAGUGUUGGUUACUUAAGAAUGGCGUACCAACAACCGAUUCAAAGGGUGGCAUGGGAGCCAAUGACCUUGAACAAUCUCAAGUCUGGCAUAUUCGGUAAAUACGCUUUGGGGUCAUGAAGGAUGCGAGUAUUUCUUGCGCUUGAAUAUUCUUAUUAUCGACUGUUCCAGAACUUUGGUUUCUCAAACCACAGUCAACUGCCGAGUUACUCAAGCUACUAUUUGAGAUGUUAUCCCGUUUUCAC